AUGGAAGUUAAGUUGGAUGAAGACGUAGAUGAUGGAUCAGAGGUGGAUAUGAGUAGUGAAAUAGAUGAGUUAUGGAAAAGGUUUAAGUCACUGGACUUUGUUGGGAAAAGGGCAUUAAAAAGUAGGGUUUUUGAACUUGCCUUCCCCACAAUGACAUCUAUGUGUCCACCACCUGAGAAAAUAAAACCUAAAGGGGGAGUCAAGAAGAAAGGCAAAAAACCAGUAGAGUAUGAUGUUGAUAGAGACCCUUCGUAUCACGAGUAUGUUAAUCAAGCAUCUCAACCAUCACAGACUUCGAAGAAAUCUCAACCAUCACAGGCUUCACAAAAGAAAUCUCAACCUGUAGGAGAGUUGGAUAACCACCGAGCUGCUUACAACUGA